GAGCCCGCCUGGCAGAGCUGUGGGUGCGCGCGUGUUUGGGCAUCCAACUCUUGUGGGAGCAUAAGAUCCUGCUGGGGGCACGGGGGUCUUGAAUGGAGCCCCCUCCCUGCUCCGCUGAGACGAGCCAGCUGCCGGCUGGGUCCGUGGUGCCGCCCAGCUCCGGCUUCUGCUUUUCUCGGUUUGUUCAACCUGCUGAAAACCGCCCGGCGCAGAGGAAACAUCGGCGGUGCCCGGGGGGGGCAGGCUCUCGCCCCCCACCACAGGGCAGGAGCGGCUGCUGCUCUGCUGGGAGAAAUCCCAGCAGCCGGGGGCUCUGCAGGGCCGUUCCCGGGGAAAAUCCCCCCCCCGUGGGUGUCACGAGAGCCUUGGUGAAGGCUGGGGGAAGCCACGAGACAGAGUUAACGUUUCUGGCGGGUGCGAUAAGAGCACCCAACACGUCCUUCUUGGUUGCUCCCUCCUUCAGGAGCCUCCACAACAAGCGGCUCUACCUGGCUGUGUUUGCCGCUGUCCUGGGGAAUUUCAGUUUCGGCUUCGCCCUGGUUUACCCCUCGCCCGUCAUCCCCGCCCUGGAGGCUCACCCCAGCCCUGCGCUGAGGCUGGACCAGUACACAGCAUCCUGGUUCGGGUCAGUGUUCACGCUGGGAGCGGCGGCGGGGGGGCUCAGCGCCAUGCUCCUCAAUGACCGCCUGGGACGCAAGCUGAGCAUCAUGUUCUCGGCGCUGCCCUCCGUCGUGGGAUAUGCGCUGAUGGCCGGCGCCCAGGGGAUUGGGAUGCUGCUGCUGGGACGCGUGCUGACGGGCUACGCCGGCGGCGUGACAUCCGCCUCCAUCCCGGUCUACAUCUCAGAGAUCUCCCACCCCGGGGUCAGAGGCAUGCUGGGCGCCUGUCCUCAGAUCAUGGCAGUGCUGGGCUCCCUCGUCCUGUACGCGCUGGGGCUGGUCCUGGAGUGGCGCUGGCUGGCCGUCGCAGGGGAGGUGCCCGUGCUCGCCAUGAUUGUCCUGCUCUGCUUCAUGCCCAACUCGCCCCGGUUCCUGCUCUCCCAGGGGAAGGAUGACGAGGCCCUGAGGUCACUGUGCUGGCUGCGGGGCAGGGACACGGACUACGCCCGGGAGUAUGAGCAGAUCAAGGACAGCGUGAGGAAGCAGAACCGGCGGGUUUCCUGUGCCGAGAUCAAGGACCCCUUCAUUUACAAGCCCCUCCUGAUUGCGGUGGGGAUGAGGUUCCUGCAGCAGCUCUCUGGUGUCACCUGUGUCCUUGUGUACCUGCAGUCAAUAUUCAAGAAAACAUCUGUCAUCCUGAAGCCAGAGUACGAUGCAGCUCUUGUUGGCUUGGUCCGUCUGUUCUCGGUGGCGAUCGCUGCUGUGUCGAUGGAUAAAGCUGGGAGGAAGAUUCUUCUUUUUGUAUCAGCUGGUGUCAUGUUGAUCUCCAACCUGACCAUGGGGCUCUACAUCCACUUCGUGCCAGCUUCUCAGAAUGGCACCAUUGCCAACAAGACACUGGUGAGCUUUGCCAACCUUCCUGCUGAGCCGACCCACUACAUCACCCUCAUCCCACUCCUGGCAACCAUGUUCUUCAUAAUGGGUUAUGCCAUGGGCUGGGGACCCAUCACUUGGUUGCUGAUGUCGGAGAUCCUGCCUCUGAAAGCCCGCGGGGUGGCCUCGGGUCUCUGCGUUGUUGUGAGCUGGCUGACAGCCUUCACCCUGACCCGGUUCUUCCUCCUGGUCGUGGAAGCCUUUGGCCUCGAGGUGCCCUUCCUAUUCUUCACUAUCAUCUGCGCCGCGAACGUCUUAUUCACAGGCUGCUGUGUUCCAGAAACCAAAGGCAGGUCCCUGGAACAGAUUGAGGCCUUCUUCAGGACUGGCCGGAGGUCCUUCAUGAGGUAGGAGCUUCCAUCUGCCAGCUGCACAGGGCCACCAGUCCACGUGCAUCUCAAACCAGGACAAUGGACAAGAACGAAAAGGGUUGUGCUGCUGGAGGUGGAGGCUGGAGCUCUCUCCAAAGGCCAUAGGAGAGGAAUGGGCAGCAAUGACCAUCUUGCUUUGGAUGCUGAAGUUGCCAACUGGAACUUUACCUUCUCCUCCCAUCAUUCAACACUACCUGUUGCUCUCUGGGCCACAUGUCAACCCAAGGUAUAGGACCAGGCAACCGGCGCCAGCCUGGGGACGAAGAUGUCCUGGGAAACAGAACACGUGGCUGUGGGCAAGAGACCACGUGUGUCCUUCGCUCAGCAGCCACCAAAGCAGCCUGAGAGC